CGAUGGCGCAUCUCGUCGCCUUGUCGUGGUGCCUCGUCAUGGCUCUGGCUUUAGAGCACGUCGCUGCGCUCAACAGCACGGUGCCCACCAACAAGACGGGCAACCUUCGCGUCGAAGACAGCAUGCUGCCGGGACCCGACCUCACCAACAAGUUUGGCGUCAUUCGUGUUGCGCACACGCCGUACAUAUGGCGGCCCUACGACCGCCUCGACUCGUGGAUGACGAUUUGGAACACGAUCGUCAACACGCGUCGCUGGAAUGACGCGGGCGGCAAGGUCUGGCAUGCGCUCAAGUCGAACGGAUCCCCGGAUUUCGAUAUGCUGCGCAACGUCCAAGACGACUUGUGUUUGGACGCGUGGUGGAACGACUAUGCCAACAAGCCAUUUGUACACGGCUAUAAGUGCAGCUACGACGAGCCCAACCAGCGCUGGAGCUAUCAGCUGCCGAAACGCGGUGGCCCCGACGGCGGCAAGAUUUGCAGCAAGCGCCAUCCCGGCUGGUGCUUGGCCAUCAGCGCGUUUGGUGACUCGUACAUGGAGCCUUCGUGGAGCACGGACGACAAUCUCAUGUUUGACUUUCGACCGUGGCUGGAUGAUUUUUAACCGAUUUAUGAAAUGCAAGUUUUGACUUGUCUACAAUUUGCUAGAAAAUG